AUGGUGGAAACAGCGAUGGGGCAUAUCCCACGACUUCAAGAAUACAGACCUGGCUCUAGCAGGUCCGGUGGCCGAUUAACAGAAGCCGGUGCAACAAGCCCUGUGUGGAAUGUCAUUCCGACCCCCACUCAGGCAUUCAUCUUAUGGGAAUUAUAUUGCGACAAUGUAGCACCUGUCAUCCCCCUUCUGCACAAACCCAGUAUCUGUAGCUUGUUGAUGGACUCGGCUUCUGCUGGAGACUCGCUGGACCCAGUAACAAAGUCCCUCUUACUAGCGGUGUGCUUGUCGGCGGUCGUCACUAUGACUCCCGCACAGUGUCUCCGCGACCUAGGCGCCAGCCUGCCAUCGAUCGUGCGAUGCUACAGGGAUGCCCUACAGAAUGCACUCAAUGACGCCAAGCUGUGGAGCACGCGCAAUACUACCCUUCUGCAAGCUGCCGCCCUCUAUAUCACCGCGAUUCGGAAUCACACCGAGGACCCUGCCUAUGUGUGGGCAUUACUCGCCGUCAUCAUCCGUCGCGCUCUCAACACUGGCCUCCAUCGCGAUGCAGCUGCUCUGCGGGUCAGCCAGCUUGAGGUUGAAAUGCGCAGGAGACUCUGGUGGCACCUAUGUCUCUUGGAUCAACGCGCCUCCGAAGACCAAGGGACCUCUCCGGAAUUACUGCCCGUCUCAUCCAACGUGCGUCUUCCACUCAAUGUCAACGACGACGACAUCCUGCCUACCUCUACACUCCCGAUCCAGGAGCGCAUUGGCGUCACGGACAUGACGUUUGCUAAUAUCCGGUACGAAUCCAUCCGUGCCGUGUGGGACAUGAGGAGAGAGCUAGAGUCCCGACGGUGCGCUCCCCACAGACAAUGCCGUUGCAUAGACAUGUGCAGUGAUACUAGCGCUCGCCUGUUCUCACGUCUACACCGGGAUUACAUAUCCCAUUUCAACCCAGAUCACCCUCUCGUGCGAUGGUACGUGGGCAUUGCGCGCGUCGUCCCCAAAGUCACCUUUGUCAUCCACCACCCGUUCUCUCGCGACCAGAUGACCGAUCUGCCGCUGGACCUCCUGGAUGGAUUUUUUAUGACAGCCGUCGAGGCCGUCGAGUUCUGUCGUUUUAUCGAGACUUGCACGCUGACCGCCAAGUGGAGGUGGCAUUUCCGCCAGAGUUCGACACGCUGGCACCUCCUGACUUUCCUCUUGACGGAGCUCUGCGUACGACCCCCCUGCCCCUCAGUGGACCGUGCGUGGCUCGCCGUGUCGGCAGCCUAUCGGGAAUGGGAUUUGGCAGUCGCGGGCAAGGAAUGGCAGACCGUCACGGCGUUGAUGGAGCACGCCGCGUCAAUUCGGAACAGUUCUUCCGAUCUUUAA